AUGAGUGCAUUAUCAAGAGGUUAUAGUGCAUUAAAUUAUAAAAAAUAUUUGAAUAAUUACAAUACUGAGUACUUGUCUCACGCACCAACAACGACAACAACAACAUUAAUUAAUUUUUAUUCUGAUAAUCCAUCAAAUUUAUCUGGAUCAGAAUUAGAUUCUGUUCAAUUUGAAAAAAUAUCUGAUGACACACUUGAGUCAUUGACGGAAUAUUUUGAUGAAUUAAUUGAGCAAGCGACACAUCUAGAUGAUGCUGAUGUAUCCUAUGGGGACGGUGUGUUGACAGUUAAAUUUGGUAAUAAAUACGGCACGUACGUGAUAAAUCGUCAGUCACCGAAUAAACAGAUCUGGUUAUCAUCGCCAACGUCUGGACCUAAACGGUAUGACUUUAUUGAUGGUACAUGGAUUUAUAAACACGAUGGAAAACCCCUUCACGAGCUUCUUGAUAAUGAAAUCCCAUCAAUCGUUAAUAAUACCACGUCGUUUAAUGACAAAUGUUCAUACUCCAGAAAACAUAUUAAAUAA